AUGCCAAAACCAAAUAAGGAAAAAUGGAUAAACAUUGCUGAGAAAUUUUACAAAGAAGCGAACUUUCCUAAUUGCGUUGGAGCCAUUGACGGCAAACAUAUUAGAAUUGUUUGCCCUCCGAAUGCUGGAUCUAAAUAUUAUAAUUAUAAAAAAUAUCAUUCGAUUAUUUUAUUGGCAGUGGUUGACGCAGACUACUGUUUUACAUUCAUUGACAGUGGUGCUCCAGGUCGAGAAAGUGACUCUUCAAUUUUUAAAAGUUCAAAUUUUGGGCAAAAGUUAACUCGUUCUCAAUUGGAUUUACCGGAGCCAAUUCAUCUUCCUAACAAUAUAGGAAAUCCUCGUGUGCCUUUUGUAUUUGUAGGUGAUGCUGCAUUCGGUUUAAAUAAAAAUGUUAUGAGACCAUUUUCUUUACGAAACAUAGACACGCCUAAGAAAACUUUUAACUAUAGACUGUCUAGAGCCCGCCGCUUUGUGGAAUGUGCAUUUGGUAUCCUUAGUAACAAGUCGCGAAUUUUUCAUUCAAGCAUUAUAAUCAAUCCACAGACUGCAAAAUACAUUAUAAAAGCUGCUUGUGUAUUACACAAUUUCGUAAGACGCAGAGAUGGUUAUCAAUUUGAAGAUACGAUUCGAUGUGAUAUGGAAGAAUUCGACGAAGUCCAGGCAGUUGGAGGCCGAUCUAGUGGCAUUUCUGUAAGAGAUUCGUUUGUUCAAUAUUUCAAUGGCCCUGGAGCGGUUCCUUGGCAAAACAGAAUGAUACAUUAA